AGUGGCGGGGCCGCCAUGGCGGCGCCCGGAGCGCCCGGGCCCGGCCCGGCCGCCGCCCCCGCCACGGUGCUGAUGGCGGCCCGGGCCGAGCUGGCCGCGCCCUGCCGCCUGCUGCCCGCCGCCGCCGCCGGCGCCGCGCUCCGCCUGCAGCUCAGCGUGCAACCGGGAGCCGACGGGCGGCGCCGCUUCCGCCUGGCGCUGCGGCGGGCGGAGGCGGGGGGCGGCGCGCCCCUGGCAGAGUGUGACCUGCGGGACGUGUCCUACCGCGUGUGCGGCCCCGCCAGCCACGAGCUGCAGCUGCCAGCGCCGGGGACAGCAGUGGGGACAGAAGGGACACCCUCAGGGACAGCGGGGACACCAGCAGGGACAGCAGGGACACCAGCAGGGCCAGCGGGGCAGGAGGCGGUGGCGCUGCAGUUCCCCGAGGAGCGCGAGGCCCAGCAGUGGUGGACGGUGCUGAGCAGCUCCCUGAGGGAGGCACGGAGAGCCGCCGAGGGUGACACGGGGACAUCUCUGGUGCCACCCACGGGGACAUCUCUGGUGCCACCCGCCGAGGGCCCCGAGCAGGACGCGGAGGAGGCGCAGGUCCUGGAGCUGGCCCAGACAGAGGAGCUGGCCCUGCAGCUGGCCGAGGCGGUGGCCUUUGGGGACGAGGCGGUGGCAGCGCGGAGCGCGGUGGCGCUGGCCCGGCGGCAGGCGGAGCUGAGCGUGUGCCUGCGCCACAGGGACCCGCCCGGGGCCCACCUCAGCCUGGCGGUGGGGGUGGAGGACGCCACGUCCUCGGCCAGCAUCACGCUGCGGGUGCAGCCCCACGUCACCGUCGGCAGCCUCAAGGAGCAGGUGUUCCGCGAGUACGGCUUUCCCCCCGCGGCGCAGCGCUGGAUCAUCGGGCAGAGCCUGUGCCGGGACGGGCGCAGCCUGGCCUCCUACGGCAUCCGCCGCGACGGCGACCCCGCCUUCCUCUUCCUCCUCUCGGCCCGGCCGCCGCCGGAACCGGCACCGGGAGCGGGAGCGGCCCCGGGAGCGGGAGCGGCCCCGGGAGCGGCCCCGGGCCCCGAGCAGCAGCGGCAGCGGCAGGCGCAGGAGCUGCUGCGCGCCGCGGGGCUGCACGGGGACGGGGACGGCACACCUGGGGCAGGCCGUGUCCCCGAGGAGCCCCCGGAGCGGAUGGACAUCGGGGACAUCCGGGAUCACCUGGACUCGCUGCAGCUCCGGGACAGCGCGGGGACCCCGCCCGCGGCCUCUGAGCCCCGCCCGCCCUCACCUGAGCAGGGCUGGCCAUGCCCGCAGUGCACGUUCCUGAACAAGCCCACCCGCCCGGGCUGUGAGAUGUGCAGCGCCCCCCGGCCCGAGGGUUACCGCGUGCCCGGGGGGCACCGGCCCGACCCCGCCGAGCUGCGGCGGCUGCAGAGGGAGCGCGACGGCACCCGGCAGUGCCAGCAGGCGCUGGAGGCGGAGCGGCAGCAGAACCUGGCGCAGCUGCUGCGGGCGGAGCAGGCGGGGCUGGUGCCCAACCCGGAGCCGCUCGAGUGCCGGAUCUGCCUGCAGGAGGUGCCGGCGGGCCGGGCCGUGCUGCUGCGAGACUGCCUGCACAGCUUCUGCCGGGAGUGCCUGCGGCAGGUGAUCAACUUCAGCGAGGAGCCGGUGGUGGCCUGUCCCUUCCGCGAUGUCACCUACGCCUGCGGCAGCCACCUGCAGGAGCGCGAGAUCCGCGCGCUGCUGUCCCCCGAGGAGCACGCGCGGUUCCUGGCGCGGGGGCUGGCGCUGGCCGAGCGCCGCAGCCGGAACAGUUUCCACUGCCGGGGCCGGGACUGCCCGGGCUGGUGCUUCUACGAGGACGCGGUGAACGAGUUCCCGUGCCCGGUCUGCGGGGCGCUCAACUGCCUCCUGUGCAAGGCCAUCCACGAGGGCCAGAACUGCCGGCAGUACCAGGACGAGCUGCAGCUGCGGGCGCUGCACGACGCGGCCGCUCGGCAGACGCGGGACAUGCUGCAGACGCUGGUGCAGCGGGGGGAGGCCAUGCACUGCCCCACGUGCCGCAUCGUGGUGCAGAAGAAGGACGGGUGCGACUGGAUCCGCUGCACCGUGUGCCAGACCGAGAUCUGCUGGGUCACCAAGGGACCGCGCUGGGGACCCGGGGGUCCCGGUGACACCAGUGGCGGCUGUCGCUGCAAUGUCAACGGGCAGAGGUGCCACCCCCGGUGCCAGAACUGCCACUGAGCCCCGGGCCAGCCCCGGGGACACCGAGGGACGGACGGACGGACGGACGGAGCUGGCACCGGGAGGGGCCAGGUCCAGCGGGGACGGAGAGAGAGGACAGAGGGACAGACGGACACACGGACAGAGCCAGGAUGGACACUGGGACGGCCUCGGGGCGUGGAGGGGCCGGGGGGGCCCCGGGACCCGCGGGGGGCACAGCCCGGGGGGCCCAAUAAAGCCACUGAGUGUCA